CGGCGAAGUCCGGGAUCGAAUCCGAGUCCGCGGAGGUGUGAACGACAGCCCCGCCCAGUGGCUGUUUCGCAUUCACUGCCUGGGACGCGGUCGCAGCUGAUCUCUCGGCAGACGUGCUGCUUGGCACCGGCCGCCGAUGGACGGGAAACCCUUGCGUCUAAUCGCCGCCGCCGACUCGGAGCUGGGGAUCGGUCUGGGUGGGCACCUGCCCUGGGAUCUGCCGAACGAGUUCAACUGGUUCGUAUCCCGGAUCACUGCCAUUUCCGAGCUAGGCAAGAAGAACAUGUUGAUCUGGGGUAGACACAGUGCGGUCAGCCCCUCCCAGCCCCUGCCAAACUGCUACCGUGUCUGCUUAAGUAGGACCUUGCGCUGUGUGCCUCCUGGUGCAGAUCACAUCUGCCGAGACUUUGCCAGUGCCAUCCAGCUCGCCUCCCUCCCUCCCCUGAGUGACACCAUUGAAACCAUCUGGGUUCUUGGUGGGACGCACGUCUAUCAGGAGGCCUUGAAACAUCCAAACUGUGAGCAGAUUUAUCUGACCAACAUCAUGGCUUGCUUCAAUUGCGACACUUUCUUCCCAGAAUUUGACCAGGAGAUCUUCCGGUUGCUGGAUGAGUUUUCUGGAAUCCCAGCAGAAAUUCAGGAAGAAAAUGGCAUCAAGUAUAAAUUUCAAGUCUUUCAGAAGGUUUCCCGCCAGCAAACCUGAGCCUGGAGAACUGCGUACCUGUGUCAGAUUGGAGUAGUCCUUGUAGACACCGGAGAUUCUUCAGAUGUUGGAACUUGGGAAGAAUACACACAAAAUGCUGGAGAAACUCAGUGGGUCAGGCAGCAUACUUAGAGGGAGAUUGACAAGUGGCAUUUCUGUUCAACACACUUCAUCAGGACUGGGAAAAAAGAGGCAAGGUAGCUGUUCUAAAAGAUGGGGGGAUGGGGGGAGGCAAGAGCCUCCAUGAGGGAAGAGAGAGUGGGAAUGGUGUUUCUUGUGUUGGAUCACACACUCUCUGGAUGUGAAGACCAGACAGAUUCCGAUUAAGUGAAUGACUAAUUUUAAACUUCUGUUAGCAAAACUGUAUUGGGAUCUACAUUUCAGCUGUGUGGGGAGAUGGAAGCCUGCUGUGUGGACAACCGGUUGCUCUUCAUAUCAUACUGCCGUGACUGAUGGCACUACACCAACAAUGUAGACAGCUACGACGCAACAUCCAUUGUUGACCCUGACCUUGGAACCAAAAGGAUUUACGGUAUUACUGAUGAAAUUAUAUUUACACCUCUAGUUGCCCACUAGCCGUGCAAUCAUUUUGUCUAUCUGAUGAAAAUUCGUCAAAAUUCAGUCCAAUGUUGGCCAUACGUGUCGCACCUCUCCAUUCCCUGGAUAAUCAGACUGUUUGGUCUACAACCCAUGUGUUUGCCAGCAAAAAAAGAUUCCUGCUUGGAUACAUCUGACUUUUUCUGAAAUAAAGUGAGGAAAUAUUGGAAAUACUGAGAUAGUGAUCGAAGUGUGGACAAGAGCAAAGUGGGGAGGGAGGUGCAGAGAGAUCUGAUCAUGUCAGACCUGAAUUGUGAAGGGGAAGAGAGCUUUCCAUCCUCCCUGUGUAACAAUGAGGGGGAGGUGGGAGAUUAUGGAGGGAGGUGCAGAGGGUGUGACUGACAAAGGGACAGGAUGGGGAAGAGGGACAGAGUGAUGGGGCAGAGUGUGUGAGACAUGGAGGGCAUGAGGGAUGGAGGGUGUGAGGGUCGGAGGGAGGGUGUGAGGGACAGAGGGAGUUUGGGAGGGUGUGAGGUAACAAAGUUCAGUUCACUCUGGUCAGUGAGGGUGAGUCAGAGGAUGAAGGGAACAUUGGACACCAUUGUGGAGAGACUCAUCUCAGCCAGGAAUGGAAAUGAUAAAAAGGUCCAGCUGGCCAUGGACCUUACAAGCCCAGGUGCAAAAGGUGGAGGGAUGGGCAUGGGGCUAGAAAACCCAUCCCAUAAAACCCAGAGCUACAGAAACACCAACAGAAGCUCUAAAGACCUCGUCCCUGGGGGAGGAAGGACCGUCGAUAGGCUACACCUGGAGCAACUUGAAAGACUGGCUGGCCCAAGCGAACUGCUGUCCUGUCAGCAGCCUGUGCCCUGGUAAGG